AGAAAACAGAACAAAGGACUGGAUCUUGUAUGUAUCUACUUAUAUGCACUGACUGAGGAGCAGAGAGCUGGAAGGAAAUGGAGUCCAAUGAGGCCAGUGUUCAGUACAACCGCUGGAAUGAAGACAACAUGAACAUGCAAGAGAAUUCACAGUCCAGACUGAUGGGUCUCUAUAACAGACUGUGCACCGGACGUCUUGGCAUUGUAAUGAAAGCGGCAGUGUCUUUGACUGUGAUGGUAGUUAUAUACAUUGUUGGAUACAUCACAGGAUACUAUGCUCACCGAUGCUGA